ACUUUCUGGAUAUCUGCAGAUUCAUCUGAAAUAUAUGGUGUCUGACACUGUAAUUUCAUAAGUAGUCAGUGGUGAUAUAUGGAGACAAUCUCGUGCGCUGGAUGUCUGGCAGGAUGCCAUGUUUUUUCUUCCUUCCGCUCAGCCAAUCACGAACUUUAAUUCAAAUCAACCCAACCCAGAUCUCACACGGCCCCUCCCCCAGCUUUAUGUCUGUGUCACCCUAUCCCCCUCUCUCCUCCUUUCUCUCUUCCUCUGCCGCUUGCUGGCUUGCGCAUGCCCUCCCAUCGUAGCUUAUUGCGGCUGUGCUAAAGGGAGAAAUUAAAACGAUAGAGGGAUUGAAAAAAAAGAGCAGACAGUGAUCUUAGCUGAGAAUCCAAAGAGGAUGGAAAAGCACAUGGGUCCUGUGCGCAAAAACCCACAUGAGGCUUACUAUCUGAGAAUGCAGAGAAGCAGAGAAAAGAUGGAGAGGAGAAAGACAGAUGAACAGAAUCAGUGUAAGAGGAAGUUGAGGGUUUGUGUGGCAACAUGCAACAGAGCCGACUACUCCAAGCUGGCUCCCAUCAUGUUUGGAAUCAAAAGCCACCCUGACGAGUUUGAACUGGAAGUUGUGGUUCUUGGCUCACAUCUCAUUGAUGACUACGGAAACACUUUCCGUAUGAUUGAGCAGGAUGACUUUGACAUCGGCUCCAAGCUCCACACCAUCGUGAGAGGAGAAGAUGAGGCAGCCAUGGUCGAAAGCGUUGGGCUGGCACUUGUGAAACUCCCUGAUGUCCUACAAAGGCUGUGCCCUGAUAUUCUGGUUGUCCAUGGUGACCGUUUUGACGCACUUGCCCUAGCAACUGCUGCAGCGCUGAUGAACAUCAGAAUACUUCACGUGGAGGGAGGAGAGGUGAGUGGUACAAUUGAUGACUCAAUCCGCCACGCCAUCAGUAAGUUAGCCCAUUACCAUGCCUGCUGCACACGCAUGGCAGAGCAGCACCUCAUCGCCAUGUGCGAGGACCACUCUCGCAUCCUGCUGACAGGCUGCCCGUCAUAUGAUAAGCUGCUUUCAACUAAUCACAGAGACGACUACAUGGAUAUCAUCAAGAGCUGGCUGGGCGACAAGGUGCAGGAGCGAGACUACAUCGUGGCUUUGCAGCACCCAGUUACCACAGACAUCCAGCACUCCAUUAAGAUCUACGGGCUCAUGCUUGAUGCCUUGCUGUCCUUCAACAAAAAGACCCUCAUCCUCUUCCCUAACAUUGAUGCCGGAAGUAAGGAGAUGGUACGUGUGAUGCGAAAGAAGGGCAUCGAACAGCACCCCAACUUCAGGGCAGUGAAGCACAUUCCCUUUGAGCAGUUCAUCCAGCUGGUGUGUCACGCUGGCUGCAUGAUUGGAAACAGCAGCUGUGGGGUACGAGAGGCCGGGGCCUUCGGCACGCCCGUCAUUAACCUGGGAACACGGCAAACUGGAAGAGAAACGGGUGAAAAUGUUCUACAUGUCAGAGAUGCCGACACUCAGAAUAAGAUCCACCACGCUCUGGAGCUGCAGUUUGGAAAGAGAUACCCCUGCUCUAAAAUUUACGGUGAUGGCAACGCAGUAGCUCGUAUUCUUAAGUUUUUACGGACCAUUGACCUGAACGAGCCCCUCCAGAAGACUUUCUGUUUCCCCCCUGUCAAAGACUGCAACUCCCAGGACAUCGAUCACAUCCUGGAGACACAGAGCGCUCUGGCUGUUGACCUGGGAGGAACCAAUCUCAGGGUGGCGAUCAUCAGCAUGAGGGGUAAGAUAGUGAAGAAAUAUACUCAGUCCAAUCCAAAGACCAUCGAGGCCAGGAUGCAGCUCAUAUUAAAGAUGUGUGCAGAUGCCAUGCGGGACGCUGUCAGCCUCAACUGUAGAAUACUCGGUGUUGGAAUAUCCACGGGUGGACGUGUAAACCCACAAGAAGGCGUGGUCUUACACUCCACAAAGCUGAUCCAGGAGUGGUCCUCAGUGGACCUCAGAACACCCAUCUCCGACGCCCUGCACCUACCCGUCUGGGUCGACAAUGAUGGCAACUGUGCUGCGUUGGCUGAGAGGAAGUUUGGUCAUGGCAAGGGGGUGGAAAACUUUGUCACUCUCAUCACAGGAACUGGUAUUGGAGGAGGAAUUAUCCAUCACAAUGAGCUGGUCCAUGGCAGCACCUUCUGCGCCGCAGAGCUGGGCCACAUCAUGGUCUCGCUAGAAGGCCCAGAGUGUGCGUGUGGCAGCAGAGGAUGCAUAGAGGCCUACGCGUCUGGGAUGGCCCUGCAGAGGGAGGCCAAAAGGCUGCAUGACGAGGACCUGCUGAAGGUGGACGGGAUGGAUAUGAAACUCACGGAGCAAAUCACUGCCGCCCACCUCAUCAACGCAGCCCGACUGGGGAACAGCAAAGCUGAGGCAGUGCUGAACAAAGCCUCCACAGCACUAGGUGUGGGCAUCAUUAACAUCCUCCACAUUAUGAAUCCCUCGCUGGUGAUUCUGUCCGGCGUCCUGGCCUCUUACUACACGGCCCCAGUGCAGCACAUCAUCUCUGAGAGAGCCCUCGUCUCCGCACAGAACAUCAAGGUCGUUGCAUCAGACUUGGAGGAACCUGCUUUACUCGGAGCAGCUAGCAUGGUGUUAGACUAUGCGACCAGAAGGAUAUAUUAAAGGAUAUUAUUGUCAUUUACUAAGGACUGCUAAUAACAAGAGGAUUGCAAAACUGACAGUAAAACCUGUACUGCCCAGAUAGAUAUAUAAAGAUAUAUAAGGGGUACAUUGAAAGGUCAGACAAUGAUAAGUUCAAACCAUUGUGCCUGUGUUUAGCACAGGUUAUACAUUUUUAAAAUGUAUAUAUAAUAUACAUUUUUUUGUUGAUAACCUCGAUGAAGGCGAUUUGUCUUGUGGUUUCCACAAAAACGCUAAUUAUAAACUGUUUUUAUAAUAAUGCCAUCACCAGGCCAGAUGUUGGUCAGUUCCAGUCUGGAUAUGUUAUGUGUUAAGUGGGUCCAUUGCACAGUCCUGAUAUCUCGCCGCUCUUUCUUAUCAAGUUCCAGAAGGUUUAAUGAAGCUAAGGUUUAAGCAUCAGCUUUUGAGUUAUGCCCAUAACUCCAUCUUCAAGCGAAAAUUACACAUAAAGGGCAGGAUGAACCCACUCUGCUUGUAAUAAGAUGUGGGUGGAUGGAAAUGUCAUUAUUGAAAGCUUUUAUCGAAAUACUGUGACCAAAAUAUUGCUAAAACAUUCUCCUGCAACUUCCUCUUAAUUCUCCUUUAAUUGCUUGCCGUCUCACUUGUCGAUAAAUCUUUUAUGUUUUAUUUUUAUUUGAAUCUGUUUUUUUUUAAAUAACAGUCAAGUUAUUAUGUUACAUUUCCAUGUUUUAUCUCAAAUUUAAUUAUUUAAGGUGUGGGGAAAUAAUUUUAGUACUUCAAGAUGAUUGUUAUUAUAGUUGGUGAUCUUGAAGGCUUCCGUAAGAAAUGGUCAAUAACAAAUCUGUUGAAAUACUUCAAUGAAAUGCUAAGGUAGUAACUGCUCGAGCCUGAUAGCUGCUAUGAUAUAAGGAGGGUGAGUGUGAAGCUUUUGCCUGAAUCUCAUGUUUUCAGUGUUUUGUUAGUUUUACAUUUCAUCACCACAGACCUUAUGAAGAUUUGAACUAAUUUUGGAAUUUUCUUCAUGCCUUUCUAAGAUAUAUUUAAUCUUAAAGACAUUUACAUGGUUUGUAUGUAUUUACAUACUGUAUUGUACAUUAUAUGUUAAUUGAAUAUCUUGAAUUAAUUUCUUUCUAUUUUGGGGGGGAUAUUUCCAAAUAUAUAUAUAUAUACUGUCUUGUUUUAAAUAUAAACAAGAAAUAAACUUUAUUUAAGUGAAGAAAGCAAGGAAGAUAUGGAUUUUCUGUUGAGUGCAAAUCCUGCUGACACUGCAAAAAUCCGGGACGCAAUUUUGGCAUCCUCAGUGGGUGUUUAGGCAGCCUCUUAGUUUAAUGAAGAUUAGCAACAGUUACAAUGCACAGCAAUUCAAAAACGCAUCGUUUUUUGUAGCAUUUAUAGCCUUGAAAUAAAUUUAUAACAUGUUUUGUCAUAAAUGGAAGAAAGAAAAAUAUGCAGAUUAAAGAAGAGAUUCAUCAAA